GAGUUUCCUGUAACACACACAAAAACGCCAGUCAUAGUUUAAAACACUUAAGGGGAGUAAACUACAAAUCAUCCCAGUGUGUGUGUGUUUAUACUGUGUGUGGUGCCCAACGCAGGCCUCGGGGAUGGGUGAGAAGGUAAACAGUGGAGGGUUGACCAUAGCCCCAUGCCGUAUGAGCAGUUUCACACACUCCAGGCUGACCGUCGCACAUGCAUCGCAUACAGGGGCACUACCGUCAAUGUUCCUCGCCCCUUGCUCUGCAAAUGUAUACUCGUCAAGACGUCAGGAUACGUCAUCAGAAGUGUUCACUUAAUUUGAGGGUUGAGGGUAUAGGGUGUGUAUUUUAAGCUUUUGGAAUGCAACCAGCCUUCCAAAGAUUGAACGGAAGUUUCCACUUUCAAUCGUCCACUCUCCUCCCCCUAGCAUUCGUAACGUCCGGUUAUCGUUGCAUUAGCAGUUCGAGUGUUCUAAUAAUCACUCUGUUGCGGCAUCGCCUUUUCAGUUGUUAAUUUAAUGUUACGUUUUACAAUCGAGGUGUAGACACGUAUAACACCACAUAGAUGAGAUAUAUUCAGUGAAGAAGUGGAACUUUUCUAACUAAUUUUCCUAUUUGUAAAAUGUCGGUAUAAAAUGUAGGCCUACUGUAAAUGACAGUCUGCUCUAAAUGCAUAUGUUUGCCACACUUAAAAUCUUUUAAUGGACAUAAUGUAUUCCAUUCAUGGACAGUUUUCAGUUUGUCCUUGAUGUUGAAAAGCUCAAGCAUCUACUCAACUGCGUCUACUAGCGGAGUGGAGACAAGAAAGCAAAUCAUUCUCAAAAUGGAUGCGGGGUGACAUAAGUUUCUGUUUCUUUUUUGGAAGCACUACUUUACGUUGAGUUAAUAUUACAUUACUCGGUGAAUAUAUAUAUAUAUAUAUGCUAUUUGUGACAUAUCUGAGUAUAGUGUCAGAAAAAUUCACAAAAUAUCGAAGUGUGUUCUAAUCGCGACGUUUUUUCUUUUUCGUACUUCUUCCUGGUUGCAACGUAUGUGGAAACUUGCCUUUGGCACAAAGACUUCGCCAAAUAAUUCAUAUGGAUUGGCUACAUUUUUCUCGGAAUAGACGAAUUAAAAGUAUCGGAAUGUCAAUGGAAGACGGAGGUGGUCUACGAAUGUCAAGAGGAGAAAAAGGCACAAACUGAUUUCAAUACGUUAUUUUCAACCAUGGAAAUCGAGAAUGGUGCCGCAAGAGGUGUUUUGUUACCUGUACUACCAGGUUCUGAGCCCUUCGACAACAGUAUUCUGCCUCCACUGCAGAACAUGUACAUGUAUGAGGAGUCCAAGCAGUCUUUCAGAUACAACUCUGCUUUCUUGAUAAAGAAUACCACCCUGCAAGAACGGUAUGAGGCCUUCCGAACUGAAAGGAGAGGCAUGGGAUACUCCGAGGAAGAACUGGAGGAGUCCUAUGGGUUCUUACUGUUUGACGACAAAAAUAAGGCAAAUAAACUGGGAGAAACUGGUGUAAUCCCUGGUCACAGUACAUGCUCAACGCUUGGAGAUCCUUCAAAGGGUGUGUACGUGUCCAAGUACUCCGACUGCCUGGACCUAAACCGCUGGUACCACGGGAAGUCUGGAUACAUCGCCAUCAUCAGACUCACCAAGGGCAGAGUGAGAGAUGUGACAGAGAACUACACAGUAAACUACACCCCUCCCUCUAAUGGGUUUGACUGUCAUGUAUCAGAGCAGCUCAGUGCUGUGUCAGCCAACACCAGCUCCUUCCUGGCCUUUGAGAGAACACAGUACUACAUGUAUGAGCUGCCUGGUGGAGGGGCUGACUCGACAGUCCAGCCUCCUAGCCAUGCCUGCCCAUUCGCUAUAGUGUCUUUUUCCUAUUGGGAUACCAAGACACCUGCAUCAGAGGACCAAGAGAAGAGUGAGGAAGAAAAAACAGUGUUUCACUACUACCCCUGGAGGGGUCAGCUCCAUAUCAGCUCCCAGGUCUACCAUGUGGGUCUGAAGUCUAGCACGGGACCCCUGAUUCCAGCUAAACUUCCAACAGUAAUGGCAGUUGACGGAGCCAUUAAAAUGUCAGAUCUAAGGCAGAAAUUACCAAAGGCUAUGUUUGAAACCUGCUUCAUCGGUGAAGUUUCUCUGGAAGGAAUGGGUUGGAGUCUGUAUGAGCUGGCACCCAGUGAGGCUGAUGACACCUCUCUCUCUCAGCUCACACAGGAGCUCAAGGAGAAAGACCUGGCCCUCGUAAUACAACUGAAUGAUAGUGGUUUCCUUAUACUGUUACAUUCAUCUCACUUCCUCACAUAUGAAGAUGCCGGGUCCAAUAAGCCAGAGGUAUUGCAGGGGAUGUUUGUGUUUCCGGAUUCCAGAGCUAUACAACGAGACACCAAGAUCUGCUCGAAGAAGCCCUCCCUCUCACCAGAGGGCCUCCAGGUGGUGCCUGCACUGAACUACGCAGAGACAGAGGUGGAAAAGUGCCUCCCUGAACAGAGUGGGGAGCUACGUGGUUUACUAGAGCAGCAUAUCCAGAGCUACGCUGCCCUCAUCCACCCUGGGCUUACUAUCAGUCCAUCCAGGGAAGCCAGCAUCUUCCCAGAUCAGUUUGAUGUUCCUGACGCCCUCAAAUAUCUCUACUCCACCCCAAAGUGGACUGAAAUGGGAUGGAAAUGUCUCAAGUCUUACUUCCACCAGCCGGGCUCCUUCGAGCUCUCUGUAUCCAGGGCCACGGAGCUCCUGGCGGCUGGACGAGAGGAGCGAGGGGAUGAGCCAGAUGAUGACGUCUACUACUGUCUGUCAUCUCCAGAAGGCCCCCCCAUGACUCCUGCUAGUCUGGGUGGCCCAGAGGAGGAGCAGUCAGGGGGACAGUCACCAGGAGACACAGACACAUACAUAAGUAAUGCACUGGCAGUAUCUACAGAGGACUUUGAGAAACCUGGUAUGACCAAGGCAGACAGUAAUGCACCAAAUAAAAGAGUAGAGGAAGAGAAGACCUUGUCUUCAAAGGAGGUGCAAGACAAGGUGCAACAUGUGCAACCCAAGGAGGUGCAGGAGAAAGUGCCCUCUGAUCUUACCAAGCCUGCUGUCCCAGCAGGGGACUUUGGGAAACCUGUCUUGAAGAAGGCUGACAGUAAUGCACCAGGGACAACUUUGAUUCCAAAAGAGGUGCAGAAGGAGCUUCCCUAUGAUCUUUCCCAGCCUGUUGUGUUGGCAGAUGAUUCUGGGAAGCCUGGGAAGAACAAGGCCGUACCAGGGGUAGGAGUAGAGGAUGAAGGGACACAUUUGAAAGCAGAGGAAGUCCAAGUGGAUAGGCAAAAGGAGGUGAAAGAGGAUAUGCUUUCUGAUCUUUCACAGCCUGCAGAAAACUUGAGGAAAGCUGGCCCAGCAGCGUUGGGUAAGGCAGACUGUAAAGCACCAGAGGUAGGAGUAGCGAAUGAAGGGACAAACUUGCACCUGAAAGAGGUGCAAAAGGAUAUGCCCUCUGGUCUUUCACAGCCUGCAGUCUCUCAAGAGGAAUUGAAGAAACCUGGGCCGGCCCUGGCAACCAAGCCCAACAUUAAAGCAGUAGAGACAGGAGUAGAGGAUAAAGGGGGGGAUUUGCCUAAGAAGGAGGUGCAAGAGGAGGUUCCAUGUGAUCUUUCCCAGUUUGCAGUGUCGGCAAAUGUUUUUGCAAUAGCCGGUAUGACAGUGAUGACCAAGGCCACAGAGGUGACAGAGGUUUCAACCUCACCUGUAUCAGGUGACCUUCCAACAGUGCUAGUCAUCACUGCCACUGAAGGAACUGCAACCGUUGUACCUCAUAAUGAGAACUUUGGCUUGAUCAAUACAGAGUCAAUCACAAAGAACUCCUCCAGUUUGCCACCAGCCAAAGUACAGGAGAGGGGUGGAAGUGCUCUCAAUGGGCAACGUGGCAAGGCCAAUGAGGUCAAUAAUUUAUCUACAUCAGAUUGGAGGAAACGGCCAAGGAAACGGCGUAGAUUUAGCGGGUUGGGUAAACGGGUCUUGAGGUCUUCGGCAGCUGACUUUGAAGAGGAAGAAACUGAGAAGGGAUCUUUGGAUUCAAGUAAAGUCUGCUCAUUGAAAAAGAGGAAGGAAAUGACAGAUUUAGUUCAACUUAACCCAUGGAAAAAGAAGGAAAGGAUGGAUGUUACCCAGGUUCGUCCAUUGAAAAUGCAGAGGGAACUAAUGAAUUUGAUCCAAGAUCUGCCUUUGAAAAAGAAGAAGGAAAGCAAGGAUUCAAUUAACUUUUACCCAUUCAAAAGAAAGGAAAGUGUGGAUCUAAUUCACGACGGCCACCCAUUGAAAAAGAAGACCGAUCGGUGGGACUUGAAGGCAAUCAUCUCCGAAUGCGGUAGAAUCUUUGUCCCUCAUGGUUCCGCAGUUAUCGCCAAGGAUAUAGAAUCUUUGAAAGUUAUGGGGAAAGUGAUAGAUCACAAACAAUGUGUUGAUGAGAUGAUGGUUGAAGCUUGUAUCAAAGUACCCCAACCCAUAGAAACAGGAGAUGAACCUGGCCUAGAGUUGAUAAAGUCAGAUGAAAACAAAGAUCCGCACAUAUGGAGUUCAGACAGUAAAGACCAUCCACCAGAGGUCAAAAUGGCUGAUGUAGACAAGAUGGCCUCUCAGAAAUCCUCAGAACUGGUCCAGAACAAAGACAUGGAUUUUCCUUCCUUAGAAAAACACAAAAAGAAUAGUCAAUUUGUUGCAAUAUCCCUCAGUAAACUAAAGACAGUUUUUUCAAGAAGGGGAAAGAAGAAAACACCUCUCAAACCUGUUUCAGAAGAUCAAAUGUUACCAUUGGACAAAAAAAGCAAGGCCGGUGCUGGCAUGGAAAGUGUUCAUUUCAGUAAUUCCUGCAAAGAUACCCCGGACAGAACCACAGGUGCUGCUGAAGUUGCAAAGGAACAGACAUUUGGCCUAGACCCAAAGUUUGCACUAGCAUUAGGCUUGACUCCUAGGGAGUUGCAUAAUAAUGCACCCAAAUCUCCAGAAAAAAGUGAUAUUCCACUGAAGCAAGACAUUCAGAGCAGACUGGACCUGGUUACACCUCAAGCCACAUCUGACCAAAUGUCUGAGGCUUUGCCUAGCUCCCCUUCAGCAACAAUAACCUUAACAGGUCGGGGGAGCCCAUUAACAAUGAAAUGCAAGCCUGCAGACUCCAUAAGGAAAAAAUGGUGGUUGCACUAUCACACACCAACUUCUUUUGAAAAAGAGAAAGUAGCACAACCUAUAUCCUCCCAACUACUGACACUUAACCCUGAUGUCAGGCGUGUUGUCAGUAGGGGUAGGCCUCGCACAGUGAAGAAAGAUACCAGUGAUGCAUCAUGCCCACCAGCAGAUGCUCUGACCCUAUUGGCCGAUUUGGCCCUUAGUACCAGUAACGACAAAGUACUGGACCAGCAGCCAGACCACCUGGCACUUCAGCAACAAGAAUGCUGUCCAAGUUUGCUUAUAAGUGACAACAGUGUCAAAGAUGGCGGCUCUCCUCACGAGUCAGAUGGUGAACCAGAGUCUGUCCUUCAUGCACUGCUGAAGCACCCUUCUGUUGCUAGGCUUAAACUUCCCCCUCAGUCUCCGUCACCCAAGGGGCUGGUGGUGGGGAGUGGGGAGCGGGUUGUGUUAGUCUCACAAGAGCAUUCUUACUCACUACCGCCAUCCUCCUCUCUACUAUUGGGUUUGUCAGGUUCAACCCUCCAAGUCCCCAUUUCGGAGGGACUUCAGCCGCAUUGCAAGGAUAUGGUCUAUGGUGACGGAACUCAAGCAGUACGGCCCUUCCUGUGUCAGGAGCAGGACCAGAAUAGGAAGGAACUCGGGAAGGAAUCCGGGGUGGCUCCAGAAUCCAUGAGAAAAGGAAUUGGGCGCAGGCAGAAGUUCCGUCGGUUACGGCGGUUCAUCGAAAAAGACCGCUCAGUUCAAGUGACAAGGCUGUGGAAGGAAAACUAUGACUUUAAUUCAGACAGCAAGUUUACCAACGACCCUAUGGAUAAAACAGUUAUUAGAGCCCUACAUGGCCCAUGGGAUUUCAACAUUGAGGAUACAAACGAACAGGUUCAGCUCAUCAUCCACAUGUGGAUAGGUCUUUUCUACAGCAGGUCCACUGCUAGGUUCUUCCAGGCAGACCCAAGUCUUCUAUGUAUGGAGGAAAAAGAUUCUACAGAAGUGGAUCAUGGAAUGGUACAAGCCCAGGUUACAUCUGAGACCAAGACAAGUUCCCCUGCUUAUAUUGCCCUUUCCAGGAUCCCAGAACCUGACGUUUUGGACCGUAGUAAUGUGGGUAAAAAAGAAUCACAACCAUUAAGCUUGGAACCUAAGGCAUUGGACAUUUCAGUGAAAACAACCUCGACUGUGUUAGAUUUCACUGUAGACACAAAGGAUUCCCCUGAGUCCAAGCAAAGGAUAUAUUUAAAAAGUCCUUCAGUAUACGAACCAGACAGUGGACUCCACAAGGAAAUCAUCUCUUUUCACAAACAAAGUACAGGUCUUGAGUUAAAGGUUUACAGAGACCGUGAGGACAGCGUGACGUCAGACAAAACGAGUGAACUGGAUGAUGAUGAAACUAACACCCAUGACAAUGACAGCAAUGGUACCCUCCAAAAUGAUGUGUCCCCUAAAAGAAGACAUUUGGAAAGUGAUGGAUCGUACAUUCUCUUGUGUGAACAGGCAGCAAGUGUGUACAUUAAUCAAGAAAAGGUCCUGGAGACUCAAAGAAUUGACCGGGGUUUGGAGGGCAAAGCCAAAAAGGAAAUCCAAAAGGAAGAGAGGAGCCUUGAUGGAGAACAUAACAUAGCACGUCUUCAAACCAUGGAAUCUAAAGAUGUUGAUGAGGCGCAACAAGUUCAAGAUAACGAUUCAGUCAAAACAAUGUCAUGCACAGAGGUGCUGGGGGAUGGUGACCUUACCAAUAUGGCUGACAGAGUUGAGUGUAAUGCAAGUGAACCCAGAGAUAGGUCUUACGUUGCCAUCUGUGAUGGCAGUGAGUCAAAAAUGCACAAAGCAUAUCCUAGCGUGGAGGAUUCUGUUGAAGCAGCAAAACCAGAAGCAGUGCAUGUUGGGAAAGACACCACAAACAAGGAAAUCAAUGCACAACCUGCUGGGAAUGAUUCCAUUGGUAAGGCACUCAAAGCAAUGCAUGAUGAAAAGAUUCCCAAAGAUGUGUCACGGGAUGAUGGGAACUCCAAAAAUGAGGUGCAAACGGCAUUGCAGGAAGGGAAUGAUAAUGGUGAUGAGGCACAAACGGCAUUGCAGGAAGGGAAUGAUAAUGGUGAUGAGGCACAAACGGCAUUGCAGGAAGGGAAUGAUAAUGGUGAUGAGGCACAAACGGCAUUGCAGGAAGGGAAUGAUAAUGGUGAUGAGGCACAAACGGCAUUGCAGGAAGGGAAUGAUAAUGGUGAUGAGGCACAAAUGGCAUUGCAGGAAGGGAAUGAUAAUGGUGAUGAGGCACAAACGGCAUUGCAGGAAGGGAAUGAUAAUGGUGAUGAGGCACAAACGGCAUUGCAGGAAGGGAAUGAUAAUGGUGAUGAGGCACAAACGGCAUUACAGGAAGGGAAUGAUAAUGGUGAUGAGGCACAAACGGCAUUGCAGGAAGGGAAUGAUCAUGGUGAUGAGGCACAAACGUCAUUGCAGGAAGGGAAUGAUAAUGGUGAUGAGGCGCAAACGGCAUUGCAGGAAGGGAAUGAUAAUGGUGAUGAGGCAAAAACGGCAUUGCAGGAAGGGAAUGAUAAUGGUGAUGAGGCGCAAACGGCAUUGCAGGAAGGGAAUGAUAAUGGUGAUGAGGCACAAACGGCAUUGCAGGAAGGGAAUGAUAAUGGUGAUGAGGCACAAAUGGCAUUACAGGAAGGGAAUGAUAAUGGUGAUGAGGCACAAACGGCAUUGCAGGAAGGGAAUGAUCAUGGUGAUGAGGCACAAACGUCAUUGCAGGAAGGGAAUGAUAAUGGUGAUGAGGCGCAAACGGCAUUGCAGGAAGGGAAUGAUAUUGGUGAUGAGGCGCAAACGGCAUUGCAUGAAUGGAAUGAUAAUGGUGAUGAGGCAAAAACGGCAUGGCAUGAAGGGAAUGAUAAUGGUGAUGAGGUGCAAACAGCAUUGCAGGAAGGGAAUGAUAAUGGUGAUGAGGCGCAAACGGCAUUGCAGGAAGGGAAUGAUAAUGGUGAUGAGGCGCAAACGGCAUUGCAGGAAGGGAAUGAUAAUGGUGAUGAGGCACAAACGGCAUUGCAGGAAGGGAAUGAUAAUGGUGAUGAGGCGCAAACGGCAUUGCAGGAAGGGAAUGAUAAUGGCGAUGAGGCGCAAACGGCAUUGCAGGAAGGGAAUGAUAAUGGCGAUGAGGCGCAAACGGCAUUGCAGGAAGGGAAUGAUAAUGGCGAUGAGGCGCAAACGGCAUUGCAGGAAGGGAAUGAUAAUGGCGAUGAGGCGCAAACGGCAUUGCAGGAAGGGAAUGAUAAUGGCGAUGAGGCGCAAACGGCAUGGCAGGAAGGGAAUGAUAAUGGUGAUGAGGCGCAAACGGCAUGGCAGGAAGGGACUGAUAAUGGUGAUGAGGCACUACCAGCGGUGAAUUAUGAAAAAGAGUCAGGAGAUAAAGCAGCACCUGCAGUAUGUGGUGGGAAUAAUUCUGUGGCUGAAACACCACCAGAGAUAUCACAUAAUGAAAAUGAUUCCCAAAAAGAGACACCGUCAGUGGUGCAUGGUGGAAAUGAUUCGACACUACCUGUGAAAUUGUAUAGCAAGCUGUAUAUAGACGAAGAACCCACCGAUGAGGUACAACCAAUGGAACAGGUUGGGAAUGUUUCUGUUGGCACCACUAGAGUACUGCUAGAGAUGCAGGUUGAGAUUAAAUCUAACGAUGAGGUACUGACCACGAGAGUAUUUCCACUGUGUGAUGGGAACACGCCUUUUGUAGGUGAGUUCGACACGCCCAUUCAGUCCAAGGAUGUUUCAGGAGAAGCUAAAACAACAGCAGUUGAGACCGAUUUCAAUGGGAUUAGGGAUUCUAAAGAUCAAAAACGGAUAUCAAUGCCGGGUCAGAGUAAAUCUGAUAUUGACACACAAGGGCCCCGACAUUCUCAGGACGAGACAUCAGAGGUACUGACAGGCCAGGUAGAAAUACCACUGAUUGGAGCAGGAAUUCCCAGGGAGGAUAUCUCACACACAGAUGUUCUACAUUCACACAGUCAGACAUCAGAGUGUGCUCAGAUAGAAAUACCAUUUAUUGGAGUAGAAUUACCAUUCAUUGGAGUAGAGACAGAUAGCAAGGAUAUCAUGCACACAGAGGUGCACGACACUUACUUGUGUCAGAAAGACACACCAAUAUCUUCAGUGUGUCAAAGUGAUAAUUUGUUUUCAGGUGAAAUGUUUAGAAUAGUUUCAAAGGCAACUGAAUCUGUCAGUAGAUGCCCAACCCCUAUCGUGGACGAUGGUUACAUCCCGAUUCCUGACAUCGACAGUGGCUGCUUGGUUAACUGCGAUGCCAGUGGGGUAGGCAAACCCCUCAGCAGAUGCCCAACACCUACACAAGAUGAGCCACCUUUCGUUACAGAAUUGUCUUAUGACCAUCACACACCGAAGACUGUUUUUUUGCCCGAUUUGAAAGACACCAACAGUCCCAACCUCAAUAGUGGUUUUGCUCUUAUUGAAAAUGAAAAGGCUUAUUGUGAACCACAUGAACCAAGUAUUGGUAGCAGCCCUAGCUCUGUAGAGAAUAUGUUGCAUGAGUUUCGUAAAUCCAGCAACAACCAUAGCAAACCAAAUAAUCUGGAAGCCAUUGGUAAUCAGUUCUCUCAAUUAUGGACUGAACCCCGCAAGAAGCCAAUCGCCACUAGCACACCUCUCAACACCCCCUAUACUUCUUCAAAGGAAAAAAACGAUUACAGUCCUUAUUCAAAUAUGCGACUUACCCCUGCUGAACAAGACCUGUAUGCUCUUUCAAGUCACGAUUCACUGCAUAGGUUCCCUGCCUCCUAUCCCAAAACCCAUAGCACCGUAACACAGAAAGCAGCAUUCUCUGUGCCAUCAACCCACCUUGAAGUCCUGUCCAAUGACACGACAGAAAGAAUAUUAACUCGGGACUUGAGUGAAAUCGCUUUGGAGGGAGACACUAACUUGUGUCCUGCAUCAACAGAGAUUAUCAUACAGUCCAUCCGUCAGAAUAUCCCAGGAGUAAGUGGACCUACAGCAGCUUCUCAGAACCUUUCAGGGCCCAACUUUACUGAGCCCCAUCCAUACAGCCAACAACUUGCCAUGGCUGUGAAUCUCUCCAAGAGUGAAGGCAGCAGAGGAGAGUACAGCUGGAAAGAAGGACAAACGAAUAUUGACCCUAUGUCUUCAGAUGUUGUCAAAAGCAAACAAACCGCUGCCCCUGUCCACUUAAACACUAAUCCUCACCCGUAUAACACACCAUAUGUCCCCGAAAUGAGGAGACAGAUUGCAAGUUUGCAAGAUUAUGUUAUGGAUGAAAGUGAGGAGCCUGCCGUAGAGCAAGACAACAUUGAAUCUAGUCUAGAGACAAAUUGGAUAUCAGAUGACCAACAUGCAAGUAAUACAUCCCAGUUGAAUAAAACAAAACUUGACUUCAUCAACUCUUUACGCGAGUAUCAGCAAUGGGAUAAAAGGGAAUUUGAUGAUGUUUUGGACUUCAGCAAGCAAGGCACUUCCUCUUCAGUCACCUUCCAGUCUGAAGAAUCAAACAAAAUAUUUACCCGUAUGGAAGAGAACAAACAGGACUGGUUAAAGUAUUGUAGGUCAGAGAGGAGUGGGAACACCUCCAAAAGCCAAAUCGAUUUGGACGAUGAGCACAAGGAAGUUUCCUCAUUUGCAAAGCCAUGCCUAGUUACAGUUUUGGAUCACAAAGGAAACAGAAUCACCUAUGAAAACUAUCCCGUUCCGAAACCUUCAACAAGCACGCACACAUGGACAGCUCCGAACCCAAACAGACAGGGCUCGAGCAGUUUUCUGGAGUUCUCCAAGAGGUGGGAUGAUACACAUAACACUGAUGAAUCUGACCUCACUCAGUCUUCUGUGGAUCUGGAGACCCUCAUCUUCUCAGAGAGAAUGAACCAGAUGCUAAAACGUAAAAGGAAGAGUAGCAGCAGCAGGUACAACCGAUCAAAACACCACAGGUCAAGUGUAGAAGAAAGAGCUUCCUCCUGUAGCCCGGCUGUGACAGUGCACUUUUCCAGCCUGCAGGAACAGGAAAGCUCGGAAGAACACUGGGAGGGACUACCUUCACUCGCAGGGCAGAAGUUAAAAAUAGAUAUGCCUGAAAGGAAGGGUAUGCCUGAAGAAACAGACAGAGAUAUGCCAGAGCAUCUUCAAAAACUCUCCUAUACAAAGGGCAGUGAGAUGACGCAUGUCAACGUUUCAGAUCUGGUUGCGGAAAGUUUCAAGGCGUACCAUGCCAUGAUGACUGAGGUCUGUGCAGGCAGAAAGUACCCACACAGAACUGAGAGACGAGAGAGAGAAGAAGCAAAGAGAAACAGUUUGCCAAAGUCUCGAACCCCAAGCAAAGACAAAGACUUCUGUGGUCAGAUGAAGAAGGACAUGUAUGAUGACAGCCUGCAUGAUAAUCUGAACUCUGUUGUGAAACAGUCAUGUAAGAACAAGUUCAGGUUCUACAUACUGGUGACAUCAGAUGACCCAUUCUUCAACGAGACAAAGGAGCUGUUAGAAGCAGAGGGACACAUAACAGUAGAACAGUCUCAAUUCUGCCUUGGAAAGGAUAGUCCCUCAUCCCCUCUAUACAUUAUCUUGAGGAACGAAGAUAUUGCUGAACACAUUUGCGAGGUCCCUCACUUGCUUGAAUUGAAGAAGUCUCAGAAUGUGUUGUUUGCUGGUAUUGACCGUCCUGAUGACAUUGUGAACCUGACCCACCAAGAACUCUUCAGCAAAGGCGGUUUUGUGGUGUUUGAGGGAGCAGCACUGGACACACUCAGUCUCAGCAACAUUAAGAAAAUGUCUGGUUUCCUUGAGGGGCUAAGUAAAAAGGGGAAGUGGAAAUGGCUCUUGCAUUACAAAGACAGCCGGAAGUUGAAAGAGAGCGCACGAUCGAGUGCUGAGGCACAGGGUAAAAAGAGCUUCAUGGACAACUGCCAGGAGGCUGGAAUGGUGGAGGUCUUACCCUACCAUGAAUGUGACGUAAUUUCAAGGACACGACCCAACUACCUCCACUGUCUGGUCCGCCUGCAGGUCCAGAACGUAUCAGCUCGUCUACCUGUAUUUAUAACUGACACAACGGCAGACAAAGCGUUUGCAAAACAUGGGAUAUUCACAAUGAAUAUUAACUCCUUCUUGCUGAUUUCUCAGAGUGACACUUGCACUAUUUCUUAAACUGACGGGGAAGCCUGACAGAAGUCUUCAGUACGAUCAAUUAAAUUGGAUUUAUAAAGCCCUUUUUAUACUGAACAAAAAUAUAAAAUGUAACAUGCAACAAUUUCAAAUAUUUUACUCGAUUAGAGUUCAUGUAAGGAAAUAAUUUAGGCCCUAAUCUAUGGAUUUCACAUGACUGGGCACGGGUGCAGCCAUGGGUGGGCAUAGGCCCAACCACUGGGCAGGGGUGCAGCCAUGGGUGGGCAUAGGCCCACCCACUUGGAAGCCAGGCCCAUCCACUUGGCAGUCAGGCCCACCUACUGGGGAGCCAGGCCCAGCCAAUUAAUAUUUGUUUUUCCCCACAAAAAGGAUUUAUUAGACAGAAAUUCAGUGUACAUUAUCAACAGCUGUCACAAAGUGAUUUAAAUGACCCAGACUCCAACGAGCAAGCAGAAGAACCGUGGCAAGGGAAACGUUGUAACCUCGAAGAACCAGAUUCAGAAGGGGAUGCCCCUUCACUCCAAAAUCUGCUUUUUAGGGGGUCAUUGGGAGUUAGACACACUGAUCUAAAUCAUUGUGGUGUAAGAAUAAAAUACUUCUCAGUAAGUUAUGUUUAUAGCAAGGCUUUGUGUAUUGCUGUUUUAGACUCUUUUUUUUGGUUCCUUAGUGUAAAUCAAAUUGUGUAGAUUUAUUUAUUCUUAAUUUUCUAUGACAGGUAGAUUCUGUAUAGAUUGACAUCUGCUUCAAUGCAGAGCUCUGUGUUAGUUUAUUUAUUUGUAUGUUUGUAAAUACAUUUAUUGCACCUUUGCGAUAAAGAAAUUGAUUAAA